CAUCUUCAGGCUACAAAAACUUAAAAAAACUUGAAUUCAAUUUUUCUCUCUAUCUAAUUCUUCUUCUUCUUCUUUCAUUAAAAAUGAGGAGUUCAAAGAUUUGGUCAUGGCAGCAAUGUUCAAAGCAAAUCAGAGAGCAAAGGGCAAGACUUUAUAUCAUCUGGAGAUGUGCUGUGAUGCUUCUAUGUUGGCAUGAUUAAACUACUCUCAUCAAAAAGCUAAAGGUCUAGAGUAAGAGAUUGAAGAGAACUCAAAAUUGUGUCUUCAACUUCAAUCUCUUACACUAACUAUACCAUACAGAGUUGAAGCAUGGAAUGUGUUCAAAACAUUAUGUACAUUGAAGGAUAGAAUCUUGUAAUUUUGGUAAAUUAGGUAGGAGAAAGUAGGAUAGAUGAGAAUUGUUCUUUUACUUCACCGUAUGAAAUAACUGAAUGUUGUGUAAUCCUUUUCAUGGAAAUUACAAACAGAGAUUCAAAGA